CGGGGUAAACGUCUCCUUCUGACAUUGGACUCUCUGCACACUUAAAGCAAGCUCACUCAUGCACUUCUCAAAGCUUCAACUUUGCCUUUGAUGGCCGCCUCCGUCUCUCCUUUCUUGCUCACUCCCAAGUUUCCCAGCAUGCAAAAUUCCUGCUCUCUUCCUACCUCGUUUCUACUCACAGUCCCAACCAAUCCAAGGCAAGCUCUCUCUCUCUCUCUCUCCAAUCCAAGGACGCCUAGGACCUUUUGCUGCUCCCUUCCAAAUCAAACUGCUGAUCAGAAUGGCAAUGCCGAGAACAAAACCGGCGAAUGUCUCAGGGUCGCGUUUGCCGCCGGUGGCACCGGGGGUCACAUAUACCCGGCGGUCGCCAUUGCGGACCAGCUCAAAAACAUUAAUCCAAAUACCCAAAUCCUCUUUUUCGGAACCCCAAAAAGCAUGGAAAGCAAAGCAGUCACUUCGGCCGGCUACGAUUUUGCAACCAUUCGGGCCGUCCCCUUGGUUCGCCCGCCCCUCUCCCUACGAAACCUCCUUUUCCCCUACCAAUUGUUCAAAUCAUUGAUUGAAAGUUGGAAUAAGUUACGCGAUUUCAACCCCCAUAUUGUUGUGGGGACAGGUGGAUAUGUCUCGUUUCCUGUGUGUUUGGCUGCUGCCUUUAAAGGAUUGAGACUUGUAAUCCAGGAACAGAAUUCGGUACCUGGGAUUGCGAAUUGGGUUCUUUCAUACUUUGCUGAUCAGGUUUUUGUUGCUUUCAAUUCUUCCAUUGCUUGUUUUCCGAAGAAGAACAAGUAUGUAGUGACUGGAAACCCUGUUAGGGCAUCAGUGCGGCAAAAUGUGUCAAAAGCAGAUGCCAGAUUGCUUUUCUUUCCGAAAUCGGAAAAGGCAAGAGAUUCAAAAGCGAAGGUUGUGCUGGUUCUUGGGGGAUCUUUAGGUGCUCAUGCUAUUAACAUUGCAAUCUUGAAUUUGUAUCAUCAGAUGUUGUUGGAGCACAAGAACUGGUUUCUCGUUUGGCAGACUGGGGUAGAGGCAUUUGACGAAAUGGAAAGCCUUGUUAAGGUUCAUCCUCAUGUGCUUUUGAGACCGUUCUUGCGUUCGAUGGAUUUGGCAUAUGCAGCUGCAGACCUCAUUGUUUCAAGAGCUGGUGCAAUGACUUGCUCUGAGAUCUUGGCCGCAGGAAAACCUUCAGUUCUGAUACCAUCGCCAAAUGUUUCAGAGGGACAUCAAUUUGCAAAUGCUUCCUUAAUGGCAGAUUUAGCAGGUUCAAGGAUUAUCACUGAAGAUGAACUUGAUUCGACUACCCUUGGAAUUGUGAUUGAAGAGAUUUUGGGGGAUGAGCAUGGAAUGACAGAGAUGUGUGAGAGGGCACUGAAGGCAGCGAAACCCAACGCCUCCACAGAGAUUGCACAAAGCAUUGUUUUUCUAGCCAACUCAUUGAAAGCAUAGCAGAAUUAACAGCGAAGCAUGAAGGACAAAUGGGCAAAUUCGUAUCUUCAUGACAAACGCAGCUGAAGAUUUUUCUGGCAGUGUUGGGUUUCUUGUCUACUCAACCAAUGGCAAUUCUUCUACAAUUCAGAUGUUUAAUCAAUUUUUGGGCUAUAUGCCUACAAGGGCAGUUCAAUGGAAGUAAGAUCUCAAGUUCUUUCCUUAAAGUUUACAGAACUAUGUAUUCUCAUGACUACGAAUCAAUGAUAAAGCCCAUCAUUCUCUAGUUUGGCCUUGUUCUAUGACGAGGAACCCAAGUAGAUCGCUGUAACCAUUACGUUAAAUAAAGUCCAACUUCCGAAUGGAUCCAAUUUACAGUUAAA